GAAUAGAAUAAUAUAUAAACUGGAAAAGUCCGUUUGAUUUACGCUACUUGCUAUACUUAAGGUAGCUGAAACUCCGGGUCUAUUGCCGUUGACAGUGAACUAUAAACCGCAGGUAAGGUCACCUUCCGCAUUUAUACACAUGCUCCCGGACAACCACCAGAGCCACCUAGAAUUAAAUCGAUUUAUUUCCCCAAGGAUAAAUGACACGUCGAUCAAUUUCCAGUCAAUGAAUAACAAUAUCAAGAGUGACGCUAACAUGAUUCGUAUCCAUUCAACAGUGAUUGAACCUGAGUUAUAUCUCUUCUUUACACAAAGUCUAUCUUUCAAUAAACACAACAUCAACGCUCGAAAAAAAAAAAAAAAAUGUCAAGCCCAUACUCUAACGAAGGUGCUUCGAACCACCCCACUACAGGAUCGCGCGGCGGUGCCAGCGCGAUCCCUACUCCCGCCAACAAUACCGGUGGCGGAUCUGGCUGGGGCGACAAAGGUAUGAAGAAAGGCGGCGGAGGCGGCGCAGGUGGAGUGAACCUUGGCGGCGAGGGUAUCGGUCAUCAUCAGACACCCAACCCAGCAGCGUCCUUCGGAAACUUCCUCGGACUCCAGGACCAGAAAGAGGCUGCUCACAAUAACUUCGAGCAAAAAUUUGAACACGCUGCUGGAAUUGAGCCUCCGAGGACGUUGGAUGGUGAACCGACCUGCGAGAGUGAGGACCAUAGCUUCGCCAACCAUAAGCCCGGAUGUCCGGAGACCAUGCCGGGGUGGAAUAAGGUGAAGGACGCUUAUAACAGUGCUACCAAGAGCUUGUAGAUGUGAAGGGGAGAGCGCAAAGGCCAUGAUGAUACUUAUGAUGACAUUUGUCGAGGCUUGAUUUUCUUUAAUUGGAAUUUUGACGUGAGGCGUAGUCUGGCGAUAUAUUUUGAUUUUAUGUACAAAUAAUGAUGUAUGAUGGCUUGAUAAAUUGCAUG